AGGACGCGCGCGCGGCUGGCGCCCAGUCAGUGCAGCCGACCUCAACUCCAAGUUCACUGCUCUCCUCACUUCGGUCGCGAUGCUUCCCGUCGCCGCCCGAUCCCCGCGGACCGCGCUCCUGGCCCUGCUCUGGGCCCUGCUCCCAGGGCCUGGAGGUGCCCAAACAUCAGUGCACCCCAAAGAAGUCAUCAUACCCCGGGGAGGUUCCGUGUUGGUGAACUGCAGUACCUCCUGUGAUCAAUAUACCCUCUUGGGCCUGGAGACUCAUUUGGAUAAGAAAGAAGUGGCCAAUGGGUCCAACUGGAAGUUGUAUGAACUUAGUUCCGUACAAGGAGACACCAUCCCAUACUGCUACUCAGUCUGCCACAACGACCAGUCGGAGGCUACAAUGUCCCUCACUGUGUACUGGUUCCCAGAGCAUGUGGAGCUGGAACCCCUGCCCCAAUGGCAGCCUGUGGGCGAAAACCUCACCCUACGUUGCCAGGUGGAGGGAGGGGCGCCCCGGACAAACCUCUCCGUGAUGCUGCUCCAAGGGGAGAAGUUGCUGAGCUGGCAGCCUGCGAAGGGGACGCCUGUGGCUGAGGUCACGGCCACAGUGUUGGCACGCAGAGACGACCAUGGCACCAACUUCUCUUGCCGCACAGAACUGGACCUUCGGCCCCAAGGGCUGGGACUGUUCCAGAACAGCUCAGUCCCCAGGCAGCUCCGAACCUUCGUCCUGCCAAAGGUCCGCCCACACCUUGUUACUCCCGGGAUCAUGGAAGUGGGCACACAGCGGUCCGUGACCUGCUCCCUGGAUGGGCUGUUCCCGGCCUCAGAGGCCCAGGUUCACUUGGCACUGGAGGACCAGAGGCUGACACCCACAGUCAAGUACAGCAAGGACUCCCUCUCGGCCACCGCCUUGGUGGAGGUGGCCCCGAGGGAUGAAGGCGUCCAGCAGCUGACCUGUGCAGUGACCCUGGGAAACCAGAGUCAGAGGACUCAGGAGAGUGUGACCAUCUACAGUUUCCCAGCUCCCAACUUGACCCUGAGUGAGUCUGAAGCCCCCGAGGGGACUGUGGUGAGCGUGGAGUGCAAGGCCCAUGCUGGAGCUGUGGUGACGCUGAUCGGGGACCCAGAUGAGUCUCCAUUUCCGAGUGCCCAAAUCACGCUGAAUGCCACUGCUAAGGACAACGGGCGUGGCUUUGUGUGUUCUGCUGCCCUGGAGGUGGCCGGGCAUGUGCUGCACAAAAACAAGACCCAGAAGCUCUUUGUUCUGUAUGGCCCCCGACUGGACAAGGAGAAUUGCCCAGGAAACUGGACUUUGGAGGAAGGCAUCUCGCAGACCCUGAGGUGCCAGGCCUCGGGGAACCCAAUCCCCAAGCUGGACUGUCGCCGGAAAGGGGAUGGGGCUUUGCUGCCCAUCGGGGAGUCGAGGCCUGUCACUCGGGAUAUUUCGGGCACCUACGUGUGUCGGGCCACCAGCCGUCGCGGUGUGGCCACCCAUGAAGUGGUUGUGAACGUGAUCUAUCAGCAGAGUAACUUGGUCACCAUCAUUGCAGUGACAGCUCUCAUCCUGGGCAUUGCAGCCACAGGGGGCACAGUCGCUUACCUCUAUAACCGCCAGCGGAAGAUCCGGAAGUACAGGCUACAGAAGGCCCAGGAGGCGGCCGCCAUGAGGCUGAACACACCACCGUGAGCCCGUCCCUGGACAGGGCCUCCACCGGUGGCAGACUUAUGCCAUUCAGCAGCACCCACCUUUCUAGAAUGCCAGGAGAGAGGAUAGAGGCCUCAGCCAGAACACAGGCAGCGUUUAGGGUCAUGGCACCUGCACACCAUGGCACAUUCACACCUGACCUGUAGCCACAGGACUGAGCCAAGACUCAGGGGCAAGACUAUGGGCAUGACUGUGAGGGAUGGCAAAGGCUGGCCUGCCAGAGGGGUGUGACGGAGAUAUACCUCUGACAUGGGGACACCCAUCUGGAAAAUAUUGAAACUCACCCUCCUGCAUGUGCCAAGGCCCUACAGUCCUGAGAGAGAAGUAGCCCUGCCCAGACUCGGGCAGCAUCGAAACAAAUUCCCACACUUCCUCUGACAGCUCUGACAGUGCUGUCUACUGACUGGUCCCAGCGCUGGAUGAUGACAUAUUUAUUCAUUUUUCUAUUACCAGAUAUAUAUUUGUAAAUAGUAGUGGGGGGGGGGUUAAUUGAUUUUUCAUUGAGAGAGGAAGAGAGAGAGAUGAGAUCUGCUGCCUCCUACAGGUCCCCACCCCCCACCCCCCACUAGGACCCAGCUGUAACCCUGAGGUGUGCCUUGAUCUGAACAGAACCAGUAACGUCCUGGUGGAUGGGACAAUGCUCAAUCCACUGAGCCACACCGGCCGGGCCAGUUACCAGAUAUUUAUUAGUGCCUUCUGUGUGUGGUAGAAUGGUAAACAAGAGGAACAGAAGUUCCUGCCCUCAGGCAGCUCAGUCUGAUCUCAUUCAGGGUCACCAGGUACUGAUGUAUUGACUUACAAAAAGACCCGGUGGGGUGGAAUUUCCCAUUCCAUUGGCCAAACUGCUUCCCCCUCCUCCCCCCAGCAGGGAAACCAACAUGGUUUAGCUGGUGACAGGACAACCCACUGGUGCUGACCUCUGUUAGCAGCCUCCACCCACAGGCGCCUCUGCUAGUGCUCACAGUGACACCUGGUGACAUGCUUAACACGAGUGUCCACUCUGUGAUAGCUAAACCACAGGACCCCAUGGAACUAUGCCCGGCCCAUGUGUCCCUGCUUUGUCCUGUUUCCAUCUCAUCGGGACCAUGUUAAGAAGCGAACGCUGGCAGCUCCAAAUUCCCGAGGGCCCUGCAGACAGCUGGGGUGGGGCUGAUUUCCAGCUCUUCCUGAAGCCUCUCCCUUGUGUUAAUAAAGCUUUUUUCACGGGC